AUGGCGUGGUCCAAAAAGGUUACCCUCUCACUGCUCAGCCGCGAGCAGCGGGAAGGGGUUGGAGCACGGGUCCGCAGAAGCGUCGGCAGACCUGAGUUAAAACAUCUGGAUCCAUUUUUACUGUUUGAUGAAUUUAAAGGCAGUAGACCAGGUGGAUUUCCUGAUCACCCGCACCGAGGUUUUGAAAUAGUAUCUUACCUCCUGGAAGGGGGCAGCAUGGCCCAUGAAGACUUCUGUGGACACACUGGUCAGUUGAACCCAGGAGACCUGCAGGGGAUGACCGCGGGCCGGGGCAUCGUGCACGCCGAGAUGCCUUGCUCGGAGGAGCCAGUCCACGGCCUACAGCUGUGGGUUAACUUGACGAGCCCACAGAAGAUGGUGGAGCCUCGGUACCAGGAACUGAAAAGCAACGAAAUCCCUAAACCCAGUAAAGGAGGCGUGACCAUUGCUGUCAUUUCUGGAGAAGCCCUGGGAGUCAAGUCCAAGAUUUACACUUACACACCAACUUUAUAUUUGGACUUCAGAUUGGGCCAAGGAGCAAAGCAUUCCCAGCCUAUUCCUAAAGGGUGGACAGGCUUCAUUUAUACCAUAUCUGGAAAUGUGUAUAUUGGACCUGAUGACACACAACAAAAAAUAGAACCUCAUCACACAGCUGUGCUGGGGGAAGGUGACAGUGUCCAGGUGGAGAACAAGGAUCCUGAGAGAAACCACUUCGUCCUGAUUGCUGGGGAGCCAUUAAGAGAACCAGUUGUCCAACAUGGUCCAUUUGUGAUGAACACAGAUGAAGAGAUUUCUCAGGCCAUUCUUGAUUUCAGAAAUGCGAAAAACGGCUUUGAAAGAGCCAAAACCUGGAAAUCAAAGAUUGGAAACUGGUGA